CGUCGCCACUCUCCGAACUUCAUCAUGCCGCCCAAGGAUGACAAGAAGAAGAAAGAUGCCGGAAAGUCGGCCAAAAAAGACAAAGACCCAGUAAAUAAGUCCAGUGGCAAGGCCAAAAAGAAGAAGUGGUCCAAAGGCAAAGUUCGGGACAAGCUCAACAAUCUAGUCCUGUUUGACAAGGCUACAUACGACAAACUCUGUAAGGAAGUUCCCAACUAUAAACUUAUUACUCCAGCCGUGGUCUCUGAGAGACUGAAGAUUCGUGGUUCCUUGGCCAGGGCAGCUCUUCAGGAGCUCCUUAGUAAAGGGCUUAUCAAGCUGGUUUCAAAGCACAGAGCCCAAGUAAUUUACACCAGAAACACAAAGGGUGGAGAUGCCCCAGCUGCUGGUGAAGAUGCAUGAACAGGUUCAAUCAGCUGUACAUUUGGAAAAAUAAAACUUUAUUAAAUCAA